ACAUUCACACUUCUUUAACCAAAACUGUUUAAAUCAAUAUUUAUCUCUAGCGAAAUACAACAAGCGCGAUGUCGAUCACCCAGGCUCUACUCCUGAGCAUUCUGGUUUCCUUUGCUUUUACUACAUUCGCAGAAAUACAUAACUACGAGUUCAAAGUUCAAGAACAAGCGGCAAGAAGACUAUGUAAAAACCAUAGAAUCGUUAAUGUUAACGGGCAAUUCCCAGGCCCGACUAUAAAUGUACAAAAUGGGGAUACCCUUUUUGUUAAAGUCACAAAUGCUGCUCCUUACAAUGUCACAAUCCAUUGGCAUGGAUUACGCCAACUGCGAAACCCAUGGGCUGAUGGACCUGAAUUUGUGACCCAAUGCCCAAUCCGACCAGGAGGAAGUUACACAUACAGGUUCACCAUAACAGAUCAGGAGGGAACAUUGUGGUGGCAUGCUCAUAGCCGAUGGCUACGCGCUACGGUCUAUGGUGCACUUGUUAUCCGUCCUAAGUCUGGAUCUUCAUACCCCUUUCCAAAGCCUACAAUCGAGUUUCCAGUUAUUCUAGGUGAGUGGUGGGACAGAAGAGUGAUUAGUGUACUACGGCAAGCGCUGUUCAGCGGUGCAGCACCGAAUGUAUCAGAUGCUAUUACCAUCAACGGGCAACCUGGUGAUCUUUUUCGAUGCUCGAGCCAAGGUACUACGAGGCUUUCAGUGAAAAAAGGCGAUACAGUUCUUCUAAGGGUCAUCAAUGCUGCACUCAAUCAACAGCUCUUUUUCAGUGUUGCUAACCACAAACUAACUGUGGUUGCCACUGACGCUGUUUAUACCAAGCAAUUCACAACCAAUGUCAUCAUGGUUGGGCCUGGUCAAACCACAGAUGUCCUUCUGACUGCUGACCAGCAGCCUGGGCGCUACUACAUGGCUGCACGUGCUUAUGCAACUGCUAGAAAUGCUCCUUUUGACAACACCACUGCCACAGCUAUCUUAGAGUACAACUCCACAACUUCACAACCAAUUUUACCACAACUUCCAGCCUAUAACGACACCAACACAGUCACCGCGUUCUCAAACCAAAUAAAGAGUCCGGGUAAAGUUAUGGUCCCUACGAAAAUAGACGAGAACCUGUUUUUCACAAUGGGGUUUGGGUUCUUCAAUUGCACUCCUGGACCUAGAUGUCAAGGGCCUAACAACACACGGUUUGGUGCUAGCAUGAACAAUGUAUCCUUUGUACUUCCGAACCGCGUGUCUUUACUUCAAGCUUACACACAAAAUAUUCCAAAUAUCUACACAACAGACUUUCCGCCUGUUCCACCUUUGCAAUUCGAUUACACCGGCAAUGUCCCGCGUGGGCUGUGGCAGCCGGUUAAGGGGACAAAACUUUAUAAGCUAAAGUUUGGUUCUAGUGUGCAGAUUGUGUUGCAAGAUACAUCCAUCUUUUCAACUGAGGAUCACCCUGUUCAUCUUCAUGGAUACCAUUUCUAUAUUGUUGGUCAGGGUUUUGGUAAUUUUAAUCCUUCGAGUGAUCCUGCUAACUUCAAUCUUGUUGAUCCACCUCAAAGAAAUACAAUUGAUGUCCCGGUUGGAGGAUGGGCAGCUAUCAGAUUUGUAGCGGAUAAUCCAGGAGUUUGGUUGAUGCACUGUCACAUAGAUACUCAUCUUGCUUGGGGAUUCGCAAUGGCGUUCAUCGUUGAAAAUGGAGUUGGGGAAUCAGAGACAUUGCUACCUCCUCCAUCUGAUCUGCCUCGAUGCUAAGAUCAUCAUGCGGUGUCUAUGUUUGUGUGGUGUCAUAGACGAAGAGUGUUUUUCUUUAUUCACUUUGCUUGAUUACUUGAGCAAAAUACACAGUAGUGUUCAUAGGUUUCAGAUUCAUCAUAUCUAUGUAUUCUAGUGUGCAAGUACUUUUGUUCUACAAAAUCAAAUAGAAUGAUUCAUCAAGUGUUCUAGAAAUUAAAGUGUUCUUUGCACACUAAUUGAUAUAGUUAUUUGAAUUCUUCUAAUUUGCUGUUA